AUGUAGGAAAUCAAUUUCUAAGAUCUUUGGAAGGAUUUCAUCCAUGUAAUGGGUGCUGCCACUGACAUGUAGGCAGUCUUAGACGCAGUUGGCAAAGAACAUCCACUUUGGUUAUAAUCUAGAAGCAGAUUGAGCAUUAGACUGAAUCGAUCAAAUAAUUUACACCUGUAGAAUGAAGAUCCAUCUCUAAUUCAAGACAUCAAAUAUCGUUAUUAUGAAGUUGUUACUAUGCAACAAUUCGGUGAAAUUGUCUUAGGAUAUUUAAAAUUCUAUGAAAGCAAUUUAUAAAGAAUACCUAUUAGACUUCCUGAGGGGGAUGUAGGGGAAUGGUAGGAUUUUGAUGAAAAUGAAGCUGCAUAUCAAACACAAUCAGCGAUCAAAUUGUUAAUGAAGUAGUUUAUUAAGAGAUUUUUUUAGAAAACGAUAUUCUUUCAGAAGAUUGUGGAUCGAAUAAUUACAGAAGGGCAGUCCUAUUACUACUAUUUCUACAGAUAGACAAUAGGCUCGAUCUGUUCAAAGCAUAUACAUUCCUUUACAGAAACCUGAUGGAAUUUUUGGUACAUUCGAUUCUCCAUUAGUAUUAAUUAAUAUAAUAUAUUCGAUAAGUCGAUGUCCAAUCCUGUCAACGAAAAUUUGAUUACUAGCAAAAAAAGUGUGUAAAACUCUAUUGGAGAUUCAGAGUAAAACCCAGGAGCAAAACGUCUUUCUUAGAAUGCUCUAAAAAAUAGAUUAUCAAAUUUAAGAAAAUAGUCCUUAGAUGUUAGUAUUGACAGUCUUAGAGAAAGCCAUAUUUCCUAAUAAAGAAAUAUGAGCAAAGCAAAAUCCAAUCUCAAAACUAGAUAACAUGAAUUGAACAAAGAACAUAUGGAAAAAAGCAUGAUAGAAAAAAAUAGAAAUUGUUGUGGUACUGGAUGUUGUCAAUUUUGA